GUACCUACCUGCCCUGGUCGGGAGGUAGUACCAUGACGGAGUGCGUGCCGUGUCCCCCCGGCAUGUACUGCGAGGGGGCGGGGCAGCCCGUCCCUUCUGGACGCUGCCAAGAUGGGUAUUACUGUCCGCAAGGGGCGUCCAGUCCCACUGAAUUGAUAUGUCCAGAGAAUCAUUUCUGCAAGGGAAGUGCAGAACUCAUCAGUGUUACAACCGGGAAAGAUGCUACCGCCACAGUUCUCUCCGACUUUGUCGGGGCGAAGAGGCCCGGCAAUGCAGUGGACGGACAGGAGAACACGGGCUGGCUGUCUGCAGUCUUCCAGGAAGGAGAGAAUCACAGUCUGGAGAUCGACCUGGGGAGCUACUACUUCAUCAGCCGUUAUGAAAUUUACUCUGGGCUGCCUGACGGCCAACAUGCCGUGAGCAGCUUCUUUCUAAUGACUUGGAGUGACGCCGCGGCUGACUGGAUCAUGGCGACCAGCCCAGUGGAGGACUCCCCAGCUACGACACAUGCCGGGCCUAUCGUGCAGCUGUAUACGAGGAAGGUGAAGCUGGUGGUCCAUCGAAGCCGACGCCUUGUCUUCCUGGAACUUUACAGAAAUCUCGUGGACAAGACAAGUGCGAUCCGUGCCCGGCGGGGUCCUACUGUGAGGGCGGAGCAACCUCAACGCCGAAAGGAUAUUUCUGCGCACUUGCUGCUUUCCUUCCGACGCCUCGUGCUGCUGACGUCAAUCCUGACGAUCUUGCGAGACCUACGUCAACGACUUGUGUCCUGUCGGGCACUACUGUACGGCCGGAGUUCAAGCGCCUCUUGUGUGCGCGAGCCAUGCUUGCCAGGCACCUUCAGCGACGCUGCGCAGGAGGAGUGUUCACCCUGCUCCGCUGGUUUUUACUGUCCAGAUAGUAAAAUUGCUGGGCGACCCAAGGAGCUGUGUACGGAAGGUCACUACUGUCCAGAAGGAUCUAUCUUCCCCAAGCUGUGUCCUCCGGGUACUGUUUCCAGUAGUGUUGGGGCUGCGGAAUGUACGCCAUGUAUGAGGAGCCACUACUGCAGUGACUAUGGCCUCACGGCCCCCACGGAUCUCUGCGAGCCCGGAUACGUCUGCGUCGCGGGCGCCAAGGCCGCCAGGCCCUCUCUCACGCCUUUCGGCCCUGAGCACCCCGACCACGGCGCAUGUCCACGGGGACACUACUGCCCCAGAGGCACCUACGAACCCACCCCAUGCCAUCCAGGGACAUAUCAGGUACGAACCGCAAGCUGCGUGACCUGGCCGAGGGGGUCUCGUUCAUACCGCACUAUUUUCGCGGAACAGUCCGUGUGCCUGUAA